AUGGGAUGUAGUAAAUGGAGAGCUGGCUUCAACUCCGGACAGCUGAAGUCCCGACUGUCCUUCUUCUUCACCAUGAUCCUCCUCUUCACCUACCUCUUCUACUGCCUCACCGGAUACUGCGACUCCCUGCCCCGACCCGCGCGCCGCCGGAACGGCGCUCCGGCCGCCGCACACGACCCCGAGCCGCCGGCCGCGUCCGGCGACCUAGACUCGGUCCCGCGGAGGGUCGAGGCCGAACCGGCUCCGGUACCGGGAGCUAGCAACGACGACGGCCGCGACGGUGGGGAUAACGACGGGCUGUCCGUGGCCGACGCGGCGGGGAGGAAGACGUUCCCGCAGGCCAUCAUCAUCGGGGUGAAGAAGGGGGGGACGCGCGCGCUGCUGGAGUUCCUGCGCGUGCACCCGGACGUCCGGGCCGUGGGCGCCGAGCCGCACUUCUUCGACCGCCUGUACGACCGAGGAGCGGCGUGGUACCGGAGCCUGAUGCCUCGUACGUUGGAGGGUCAGAUCACCAUGGAGAAGACGCCCAGCUACUUCGUCACUAAGGAGGCUCCUCAUCGGGUCUUCUCCAUGAGCCGCCACACCAAGCUCAUCGUGGUGGUCCGCGACCCUGUGACCCGCGCCGUGUCCGACUACACGCAGACGCUCACCAAGUCGCCCGGACUGCCGUCCUUCCAGAGCCUGGCCUUCCGCAACGCCUCCACAGGCCUCAUCGACACCUCCUGGAGCGCCGUGCGGAUCGGCAUCUAUGCCAAACACCUGGAGAACUGGCUGCGCUACUUCCCGCUCUCCAGCUUCCUCUUCGUCAGCGGCGAGCGGCUGGUGACGGACCCGGCGGGUGAGAUGGGCCGCGUGCAGGACUUCUUGGGCCUCAAAUGCGUUGUGACAGACAAGCACUUCUACUUCAACCAGACCAAAGGCUUCCCCUGCUUGAAGAAGCCGGAGGGGAGCAGCCGGCCUCGCUGCCUGGGCAAAUCCAAAGGCCGGCCUCAUCCGCAGAUCUCCUCCGAGGUUCUCCUCCGCCUCCGAGACUUCUACCGACCCUUCAACCUCAAGUUCUACCAGAUGACGGGCCUGGACUUUGGCUGGGACUGA